ACAGCGCACAUUCCGCGCCAGUGUCCCAGCUUUUCAGAGGGUGGCAUGGCUUAAAAAACAGCAAAACAGAGGGGUUUUUGUGGUUUGCAAAUUAUUAAAAUAGGUCAAGCGAUUUAAUAAGCAAGAGCUGCCUGUUUUCUUUUCAUCGUAUCUAGACUAAUCGACAACUACUGGUAAUUUGCAGGAUUUGAACGUUUGUUAGCAUGAUACAUCUAGAUGUGUAUAUUGUCUGUUUUGUUUUUAGCAAUAACAUCAAGCUAACAAACACAUCUGCUCACAUAAAAGAUUGAUUUAAAGGUGAGAAGUAGUUCAGUUGAUUUCUCGGUAGUCUAAGUUUAAAAAAGACGGGAUGCCAGUGCAUUCGAGAGAAAAGAAGGAGAGCAACCAUGAAGAGAUGGAGGUGGAUUUCGCAGAGCAAGAGGGGAGCAGCUCAGAAGAUGAGGAUACAGAGAGCUCUUCUGUCUCUGAAGAUGGGGAAAGUUCAGAAAUGGAUGAUGAGGACUGUGAAAGAAGAAGGGUGGAAUGCAUUGACGAAAUGACAAAUCUAGAAAAACAGUUCACUGACCUCAAAGACCAGUUAUAUAAAGAGAGACUGAGUCAAGUGGAUGCCAAACUUCAGGAAGUGAUGUCGGGAAAGGCAUCAGAGUACCUGGAACCCCUUGCAAAUCUUCAGGAGAACGUGCAGAUUAGAACUAAAGUUGCAGGUAAGAAAGUGCAUUGUCUCAUUGUUGAAAUAAUACAUUCGUGCAUAGGUGUCUACAGAGAAUUGUGCUUGGAAUCAGUGAAAAAUAAAUGCGACUGUGAAACCCAAGCAGCGUUCCAGCACUGGGAGAGUGAAAAACUGUUAUUAUUUGAUACGGUGCAAAGUGAACUAGAGGAGAAGAUCAGACGUUUGGAGGAAGACCGUCACAGUAUAGAUAUUACCUCAGAGCUCUGGAACGAUGAGUUACAAUCAAGAAAAAAUAAGAAGAAAGAUCCCUUCAGUCCAGACAAAAAGAAAAAGCCUGUCGUUGUGUCAGGACCAUAUAUAGUUUACAUGCUGCAAGACCUGGAUAUACUGGAAGACUGGACUGCUAUUAGAAAGGCCAUGGCAACAUUAGGACCUCACAGAGUAAAGACCGAUGGCUCUUCAAAGAGUGACAAACACCAGCACAAUGCUCGCUCAGAGGAUGGACGCUUGUUUUACGACGGGGAAUGUUACAGCCGUGGACAAGCCAUAUGUAUCGACAAGAAAGACGAGUAUCCUACGAGCGCUAUAAUAACUACAAUCAAUCAUGAUGAAGUCUGGUUCAAACGAGUCGAUGGGAGCAAGUCAAAACUCUACAUCUCACAGCUUCAGAAAGGCAAAUACACCAUAAAACAUGCCUGAGAUAUGACCAGUCUAUGUUUAAUAGUGCCAUUUUAUGUACAGUAUAUCAUGAUUUAAAUACCUUUUUUGAUGUUUAAAAACAGAUACGUUGGUGUAUUGUCUGUCUUUUCAAAUGUGAGGAAAGUUUGUUAUUUUAUUGUAUAUUCAAUGCAACGCCAUUUGAAAGAUUAUUACACCAAACAGGUCAAAAAUGUAGUAUAAUUACAGGUGUAGUUAUUACCAUGAAAUGUGGUGCUUUUGUAUUUUGAUGACUGGGCUCAUUUUCCAACCCAAUUUUUGAACCCAAUUCUGAUGUGUGUAGUAAUUUGUAAUGCCAUGUCUGGCUAGCAAAUGGUUUCCUACUUUUUUACAUUUCUGCCUCAUCACUGUGUUCAGAUACAAAUGAUAUGAAACAGUUUGUGUUUGGCUUUUUUUCCUGACAGUGUAAUGAAACGGUCUUGCUUGUGCAACAUCUUAUAUGAAAUACAGAUAUUUGACGUAUUUUAGGAGUGAAUAAACAAGCCGUUAUCACACCUUUUCGGAGUCUCAGCUCUUUGAACAGCUGUUUAUUGUGUUCUAAGAAGAUGUGAUCUUGCUGCUCUAUUUACAGUCUAAACAAGUCAUAUGUAUAUAUGGUGAAUACUUUAUAUAAUUCAUUGUAAUGUGCAUUUCAGCUCUGGUCAUUAGUUCAGUGUUCUUUUCUAUGUUGGGUUAUAGCACCACCCUUUGGUUUUUGUUGUACUGUGCCUGUUGUUUUUUAUUUCUUGAUUUUCCUGAUUCAUACAUAUUUUUGAGAAGUCUGUAAAUGUAUUUUUUUGAGUUAUUAUGAAUUUACAUGGAACAAAAUUUCAAAUACAGCAUUCUAUAUCAGAACG